CCAGACAUGAACCACCGCCAUGUUUAACUUCUUCAAACGUAAGCCCAAGGCCGACGCGGUCACUCCCGAGACAUCCCGAAAGCUCCCGACCGCGACACCCGCCCCGCCAGUUGAGCCGCGCACGCCGCCCAGCCCAGACACCGCCCAGAAGGAUGUAGUCAACCUCCUCAUCCCAGACACCUCCUACACCCAUAAGACAUCCUUCCUAAACAUCAUGGGGCGGAAGAAACGGAACAAACGCAGAAACAAACAGGAAAAGCCGAGCGAAGCGGAUAAAAAUAGCGACGACGCGGCGUUUGUUAAAGCGAUCGUGUUGCAGAAAUAUGCGCCUGCGCAAUCGAAACAACAGCACGUGUCGCGUGAGUACGACGCGCGGCCGAGCGAGGACGAGAAGCGACGCACCGAGGCGCUCCUCACAGAGAUCGCCAAACACAUUGACUGUAGCGCGCGCGACGAGCAAAUGGGAACUGACAACAGCAAAGAACCGCUUUACGAAACCGUGGACCCGAUCGAUUCAUACAAGAAUGACCUCAAGGACGAACUGGAGAUGCUGCUUAAUACAGAUCAUAAUAAAAUAGAUGACAAUUUAUCUGCUGCUGCGAAAAAGUCUAGUUUAAAACCUCCAAAAGUUGACGAAGGUUGUUCUGACGACGAUCGCUCAGAUAACGGAAAGAAAAGAGUUACGUUUCAGAAGAGAGUCAUAUUUGAUGACGGAGAUGAACAGACGGAUGAAGGAUCAUCGUUCGAAUCAUUGACGUCAGAAGAAACAGAAUAUUUGGAUGAUGUUCCUGAUAAUGAUGAGCUCCUUGGAGGCUACAUCGUGAAUGCCGAGACGCCGGUGAUAAAAGUGGAGAGUGUUGAUCAUCUCUGCCGCGGUGAUAACAGUGAUAGUGGGUUCUUAGAGUGUGACAAAGAAUCUGGUGAUGAGACUAGUGAUGUAAAGAGUAUGGUGGAGAGUGAGGAUGAUGCAGAGAUCAUCGAUGAUAUGGAUGAGGAGAGCGACAGGGAGCUCGUUCCAGAAGAAUGCGAGACUGAAUCGAAAGAUCUGGUGUCUGAGGACAGCAAACUACAGAAGGAGGUGUCGGCUCUUAGCUCCCUCGCAGACUCCCGCUGCGAAGAGCUGGAGCGAGCUAGAGACAUCAUCAGCUCGCUGCGCAGAGAGGUCGAGACCAAGGAGCAGGAGAUAGAGCAGUUGAAAUGCGAGCUGGCUGCAGCCUACAAGGAGUCGGAGCUGAUCCGACAGCGGAGCCGCGCUCUGGAGGACGAGGUCACGGCCGCCAGGACCUGCUCGGCAGACCUGGCUGACCAGCUCACUAGGAGGAACGACGAGGCAAUACGACAGCUGAAGGGUGAGCUGCAGGAAGGUCAGUCCAGGUGUGCAGCGCUGGCGGCCCGCGUGGACCAGCUGGAGGAAGACAAGCGGCGCCUGCAGCAUGAGCUGGUGGCGCGGGAGCAGCGCGCCCAGGAGGAGCUGGCAGCCGCUGAAGCGAACACGAACAAAUGGCGUCUUGCGCACGAAGCGGCGCGCUCGCAGGCGGCCGCGCGUGCCGAGAGGAUCCUGGCCGACUGCGAGUGGAAGAUGAGGGAGCUGGAGAAACGAGCGCGAGACACCGAGAGGGAGAAGAGAGAGCUGACGGAGACGGUGGAACAGCUGCGGACGUCACAGACACACAAAGCCGAGCUCCAGCAGUUGCGAGGGCUGGCGGCGGAGCAGCAGCGUUCCGUACAGUCGCUGGCCACCCAGCUGGAGCGAGCGCAGGCUAGCGAGGAGGAGCUGCAGGCAGAGGUGCACGCGCUCGAGGAACUGAUGGAGAAGAUGAGGCAGAAGGAAGUGGAACAUGCCCAGGAGAUGGAGAGCGUAAAGCAGCAGCACUCCCAGGAGGUGGAGGCCCUGCGCGCGGAGCAAACGGCCGCGGCGGCGCGGUGGGCAGCGUCCCGCGCGGCCCUCGACCGAGCACACGCCGACGCCCUGCGGUCCGCUCUGGCCGCCCUGCGCGAGGACGGCGAGCGAGACGUGCGGAACGCGGAGCGGAAGCUGCGGGAGACCAACACCAGGUUUGAGAACCUCAAAGAAGUACUGGCAUCCAAGGAAUCGGAGUGGCAACAUGCGCUGGCGGACGCCCGCAGCCAGGCCGACUGGGAGCUGCUGCAGCUGAGACAUCUACUGGACAAGGCCGAUAUCAACUAUGCCAACAACGUGGAGAGUCUCAAUGAACGGCACGAGAAAGAGAUAGAGCAGUUAACAGAAGAAUGGUCUACAAAGGUUCGUAUGGUGGAGGAGCAGGCACAAAGAGAUGCCGAGGAGGCUCGCAAAGCACUGGAGACGACGCGCGCAGCCCUUACAGCCGAGAGACUCGAUGUCGUCAACAAGCUGAAAGCCAAACACCAGCAGGAAAUGGACGAGCAAUGGGAGCAGUUCAUGACAGACAAAGAAAACUGUCUAGAGCGGAUGAAGGCGGAGUGCAGGCAGGAGGGAGACGAACACAGGGCCAAGAGAGAAAAGCAGCUACUUGAAGAAAUCGCAGAACUGAAAACUCUUGUACAAUCAAAAUCAAGUGAGUUCGAGGAGUUAUCUGGAGCAGCGUCUGCAAUUGGUCGGACGCUCGCCGUCACGGAGCAAGAGCUCAGCCGCGCACGAGUGGGGGCACUGCUGUCAGCUGUCAUCUACGUCGUAACAAGAUCCUACCGUCUCGCUCUACUCGCUCUGCUACUGUUUCUAGGCUACCACUUUUAUAUGCGAUUAAAACGAAUAAAGAGCAAUUAGGAAUAGACUUUUACACUAAGAAUCACCAUCAAAGACUUACUUCCUAUAUUUAUAAGUGUUGCCUUUAAAAAAAUCUAAGCUAAUAACAAAAGCAGUGUUGUAAUUAUUGUACCAUGUAUUAAGUUUGAUGUAUUCCGUUAUUGGUCGCUUUACCCUAACAAAUAAUUUUGAACUGCCUUUACCGGACUGAAUGUAGAAAUGUACUAAUACUCUUAUUCAUUCUUCACGCAAACAUAAACUAUUUUAUUAUAUCACUAGCCUACUUUACAUAUAAGUAACGGAAAUACUCCGAAACUAUUCUUUGCAACAAUCUGCGAACAAAUCAAAUAAUGGCACAUAUUUCAUAUAAUAAGGCGAGCAAUUCUAGAAUAUACUUGUUGGCAUUUGAAUUUUGUGCAUCUCGUAAACGAUUUGGAUAAAAUUUACCACACCGGAGUUAAUAAGUGUUAAAAAUUGAUCUAGAUGAUUUUUCUCUCUAAAAACACUCGUUUUUACCUCUACACCAAGCCUUUUUAUGCCUAUGCCAAACAAUAAAGAUUCACUGGUUUACGUGUUUCUACUAUCGUUACAAUCUUCCGCUUGAGCUUGUCUCUUAUCGCUUACAGAUUAAGAAUGAUCAUUGUCAGGGUCAUCUUUGUUCUGCCUGGUAGAUGGUGAAAGAAAAAGGGCAAAUCCCUUACUCUGGCCAUUAUUGAGUCUUAGAAUAUCCUUGGAAACCCGCCUUCAUUUUCCUUUUGCCUCUCUCUUCUGGAGAUGGUGCGUUCAGUAUCGCGAUCCCCAUUGAGGCGUUUGUGUUGGAGGAUAUUAUCUGCUCUCCGCAACAUGUUUGUAGAGUCAUCUUAUAUAAGCGUAAAGGCUUUUUAUCUUUUGGUCUUCACUUACGUCAUGAGAAAUAAGACAUAACAUCCAGAAAUAGGCAAGUCAAGUAAAAGAAGACAUGUUUUGCAUGGCACAAAACAGGUCGAACUCAAGUUAAAAUCGUCACGCCAUUUCGUUACGUCAAAAUCACCAAUUUAGUCCUAGUGGGCAGCUUGGAUCGAAGAGUGGGGUUGAGCUUGACGUAAGAUCUCCUCAUUAUCUCCAUUGUCUCGGCCAUACGCUUCUUAAAGCUGGUACUUAACUUGAUUCUUAUCAACAUGGACAUCGUUUACACGAGUUCCUAUUUAUAAACACGACUUAUGGAUGUUUUCGUCUGUCCAGUGGCUACGUAAACAGUCAGCAAUAUGAAAACAACAUACAACCUUAAGGGCUAUGCUACAAAGUCUCAACAUUAAUGCCUCUAUCAUAUCGUAAUACGGUCUAGUACCUACAGCUUGAUGUCAAAAAAUCAUUAAUAUUAUUUGACCCGUUCUCCCUGAAAAUGCGUUUUUAAAACAACGCAUUUCGCUGGAUUAGAGCCAAGAAGCAAGAGGUUCUUGGAAAAGAAACAAUAUUUACGUUUUAUGCACUUAAAAAACGAACCCUUACCUUUACGCUGACCCUAUGACAGUCGUGUUAUGUCCGUGAAGAGGUAGGUAUGUGCCAUUGAAGAUUGCUGCAGAUUGUUACUAAGUAGUUUUAAUGUAGACGUCGAGCUAAAACCAGAGCGGAUAUCUUCGUAAUUAUUGUGAUUAAAAACUGUAGUCUAAAUAAAUAAUCUGCAUUUCAUGACCGUAGCAUACAUAUAUUAUAUUUGGUUGUUCAUGUUGUAUUUGAUAAGGAUUUCAUUAAUUAUAUAGUCAUGUCUCAUUUAGAAUUAUUUUCGUAUUUUAGUUUUCAUGUCCAUUUGAUGGAGUCAUCUAGUAACAAAUAAUGUAUACUUAUAAUGAUACAAAUAAGAAUAGGAAUUUGAAAUGAAUUUAUAUGAAAAUAUUAAAUUAAUACCUUUACUAAGACAUUAAAAUUAUGUCAUUCACUUUAUUACUAUUUUCAUUGUUAAUUGAUGUGCAGUUUCCCAACUUGGCAAUAUUUUAUUAGAAUUUUGGUAUCCUAGCUGCAGUGGCUAGGACGAGCUACCUAUAGUUUAAUUUAAUGUCAGUACUCAGUAAGCAGUAAGUACUAAGCUUCUUAACUUUAUUAUUAUUAUUAUUAUGGAUCAAAGUUGAUAGAGAAUAACUACGGCUGCAGAAUAUGAUAUAGGUUUAUGUCAAUGUCAUUGUUCGCUUGAUUACUCGUUACUCGCAGUAAAUGACUAUAGACAAACUACAUACCGUAGUUUGUCCAAAGAAUAUAGAAUAGUCCUUGUCUAUCUUAUGAUAUAAUAUUUUUUUCUUUGGCACAACACAGUAUGCGCAUUCAGCGCACAUGCACACUCUAUAAUUCCUGUUCUUAUUUGGUUCAUAAAUCAUGAUACUAGUCUGUUUUAUACGAUUCGUUAUAAAAAGCUCAUUUAUCUAGUCUUUUAAGUAUAAGUAACAUUUUGUACUAAAUUUAUUAAAUAAUGCAUUAAC